AUGGCCUACAAUCCGCGAAUGUCAAUAAUGCCGACCGCGCAGCAGCAGUCGCGGUCGCGCAAGAAAGAAGAGGAGGCGGCAUACGCCAACAUGCGCCUGCCCGACCGCGAAAUCGUCGGCUGCAUCAACGAACUCGGUAUCCCCUUUACAAUCGCCGACCUUCAGAAGCCGAACCCGAUACAAGUCCAGAUGAUCUUUGAGUGGUUUGGGGAACUGCUUAUGAACAAGUCACGGCAGACAGUGGACCCGGCGAUGCGCGCAGCCGCCGAGGACCUCUGCGGCGACUUUGGCGAGUCGCUGAUGCCACCCGACACGCGGAAUCUGAUGGGCUUCUUUGCGUCGUUGCGCCGGCUGAUGCUCGAUUGCGGCGUCAACGACUUUAAUUUUAUGGAUCUGUACAAGCCGACUCACGACCGCCUCGUCAAGAUUUUCAGCUACAUCAUCAACUUCGUGCGCUUCCGCGAGAGCCAGACGAGCGUCAUCGACGAACACUGCAACCGCGCCGAGAGCACCAAGGCACGUAUCGAACAACUGUACGCCGAGAACCAGAACAUGGAGGCGCAGCUGGACGAGAUGCGCGCCAACAGGAGACAGAUGGAGGCGUUGGUGGCGGAGAAGACGCGGCGGAAUGAGGAGUUGAAGAAGAGGCUGCUGGAGCUGCGGCGGAACCAGGAAAGGGUAGCGUCACGUUUGGAAGAGGCCAAGACUAAGAAGGGAGAGCUCGCAGCCGAGCUGGAGGAGAAAACAGCCACCAAACUGGCCCUAAAGCAGGACAGCGCCAAGCUCCGGCCAUACACCCUCCAGAGUCCUUCAGCGCUCCAGUCGAGCCUCACGGAGCUGAGCAACACGCUUAACAACGACAAAUCACAUAUAGACUCGCUCGAUCGCCGGGCGCGGGCCCUGCAGACGUCAACCGACUCCUUCGCGGUGGUAUGCGGCGACGUGGCUUCUUGUAUCAAGCUGCUGGAAGAGAUCGCGGUGGAACUCACCAAAGAGGAGGAGGACAACGCCAAGAAUGCGAAGCAGCGGGAUGCGCUUACGGAACGCGGCGCAAACGUGCGCGAGGUGGAACGGACCGAGGGACUUCUCCAGCGGCAGCUGUCUAAGUGGAUGGAGCGGACCGAGACGCUGCGAGCUCAAAGCCAGGAGAAGGCCCAGCGGGCCAAGGAGAAGAUGGAGGAGCUGCGUGCGGUGCACAAGAAGUUGACCGAGGAGCGGUCCGAGAAGGGCAAGGAUAUUGAGCGGAGGAGAGUAAGGAUUGAGCAGAUCGAGAAAAAGAUGUUAGAUCUUAAAGAAAACAUCGAGAACGAGGUGCAUGCGGCGCACGAUGAGUAUCUCAAGAUGGAGGCCCACAUCAAACUGUACAUGACCGAGAUGGAGCAGGCUAUUUGA